AUGAGAAUUGGACUGCUUUAUGUGGUAUACCCUCGGAAUAAUACAAUAAAAAAUCUUGGAUCAUACGGUAUAGACAAUGGUCGUUGGGAUUACCAUCUAGCCAAUUUCAUUUACGCUGGUGGCGGUGCUUUCGCGUUGCAGGUGAUUCUUGUCUUGCCCUCAGUUACCCUCAACUUGUCAAACGAUGGUACCGAUAACACGCCUCCUCCUGCGCCACCGGCUGAUGGUUACACUCCGCCUCCACCUCCGCCCGCGGCAGGCGGUUCACCUACCGACUUUCUGAAGAAUGUAGUUGGAAAACGAGUGGUGGUCCGUUUGACAAGCGGUGUUGACUACCAAGGAGUCUUGUCCUGUCUUGAUGGCUAUAUGAACAUAGCAAUGGAACAAACGGAGGAACAUGUAAAUGGACGAGUAACAAAUCGGUAUGGAGAUACGUUUAUUCGAGGGAAUAAUGUUCUGUAUAUUUCUGCUGCCGAGGCUUUUUAA